CUGGGUGGUUGAAGAUGCACAGAAUGGACAUGUCUGAUUCAUGAAUUUGAUAGCCGGUGGUGGUGCUGGAAUGAUGGAAGCUCUCGUGUGCCAUCCGCUCGGUAAGUUGUCACAGUGUCCAAGUUUCUCACUCUGUUGUUGCUUGAUUCUUAUCUGACGGAAAUGCGUAGAUACCAUCAAAGUACGAAUGCAGCUUUCGAAGCGAGCACGAGCUCCGGGGGUAAGUUGGCUGACUGUUGAUCAUACUAUGCACCGCGAUAAAGCUUGGUGCUAAUUGCGCCCUUCAGGUCAAAGCUCGUGGUUUUCUUGCGACUGGACAAGAGAUUGUGCGGCGAGAGACUGCUUUGGGACUGUAUAAAGGUCUAGGAGCUGUUCUCAGUGGAAUCAUCCCAAAGAUGGCUAUCCGAUUCACUUCGUAUGGCUAUUAUAAGCAGUACCUAACAAAUCCCGAGACUGGAAAACUCUCGAGUUCCGCUAAUAUGCUUGCUGGUCUGGCUGCUGGUGUAACCGAAGCUGUGGCCGUCGUCACACCCAUGGAGGUUAUAAAGAUUCGCUUGCAGGCUCAGAGUCACAGUCUGGCAGAUCCGCUCGAUAAGCCAAAAUACCGGAGUGCACCACACGCCUUGUUCACCGUGAUAAGAGAAGAAGGUGUCGGUGCCAUAUACCGCGGUGUCUCGUUGACCGCUCUCCGUCAGGGAACAAACCAGGCAGCCAACUUCACUGCCUACUCCGAACUGAAAAAGCUCCUCAAGGAUUGGCAACCCCAGUACACCGAACUGCCAUCCUACCAGACGAUGUGCAUCGGUCUUAUUUCCGGUGCCAUGGGUCCGUUUUCCAAUGCCCCGAUUGACACUAUCAAGACCAGACUGCAGAAGACGCCCGGAGAGCCUGGACAGUCCGCCAUCUCCCGCAUCACAGCCAUAUCAAAGGAGAUGUUCAAACAAGAAGGUGCCAGAGCUUUCUACAAGGGUAUCACUCCCCGAGUCAUGAGAGUCGCCCCCGGACAGGCCGUCACCUUCACUGUGUACGAGUUCCUUAGGGAGAAGCUGGAGAAGAGCAGCUGGUCCAUCAUGGGAGGAAAGUAUGAAGAAUAAACGACGAAGACCUCCUCAGGAGCGGAAAUCCAUCCCAUAAUCCUCAAAACCGCAGCCCAUCGCUCUUCCGACCCUCCUUGUUUUAAAAAACGAGCUUCUGCUUCCAUGAACUGACACAUAAACGCGCUCUGUGAUAUCCAUGUCUUGCUCAAAGCGAUCAAACCAGGCUUCAUAUUGGCUUUUUCAUCUCCUGGGUAUUGUUCUGUUUCCAUCCCUGCGCUCGUUAGGGCCCAAUGUACGCGUAUUAUCUUUUUUUUCUUUCUCCUUAUUUAUGUUGUUUUCCCCCUCUGUUUGAUGCGUUGCAGUGGGACGGUUUGGCGAUGUUGAGACAGACUAGUAGUAUAUAGAUUUCCGGGUCUGGAUUUGGUGCAUCAAAAGGCGGCCGUUCAAAAGGUUGCAUAUAGAUA